AUGGCCAUCAUUCCUAACGACCUUCCCGGUCUUGUGGCCCAACUGUCAGCUCUUGUCAACGCCUCCCGUGACAAUGUUCCCACUCCAGCUAUAGAAGAACUUGCCGAAAAGAUUCUUUGGGCGACCAGACCUGUCCUGCCUGACCCCAUGUUACGGAUGUACAAUUAUGUCGAAAUUGUUGUCCUCAGACUUUUCAUAGAUUGGGAAGUCUUCGAGAACAUUCCCCUAGAAGGAACUAUCUCCUACGCCCAGCUUGCAAAGAAAGUAGACGCAGACGAGUCGCUCCUCAGACGUUACGCAUGGGCUCUCGUGGCACGCAGAAUACUGCGCCAACAAGGCGAAGAUGAUAUAGCGCACACAGAGGUAUCCAAGGUCUAUCUCCCCGGUCGACCGGAGAGAAACAUGUUUACGUUCUAUUAUGAUGAGAUGUUCUCCACCUGCGUAAAAAUGCCGGCAUUUUACUCCCACUAUGGCCGCCAUGAACCCCGCUCCCAAAAUCACACACCCUACUCCUUCGGUCACGGACAGCCGGAAAAGACGUUGUGGGAAAUCUGUCAUCAGCAACCAGAGCGAUUGAAUCGUGUUAUGGAAGCCAUGGACACAGCGCAACAUGGACCCACGUUGGCGGGCUCAUACGACUUUACAUGGCUUCGCGGGAAGAUCUCCAGCGAACAGCAUCGAGACAGAAUACUUUUCGUGGACGUUGGCGGCGGUAAGGGGCAUAUUACCAAGGCUGUAUUGCAGCAGAAUCUCUUCAUUCCCCACGGACGCGCGGUGUUGGAAGACCGGGAAGAAGUGAUUCAGCAGGUGAUGAGCAAUCGCGACCCAGGACUAUCGGAUGUGAAAUUGCAAGCCCACAAUUUCCACGACAAGCAACCGAUUGAGAAUGCUUUGGUAUACUUCAUCUGCCGCUGUCUGCACAACUACAGCGAUGAUGUAUCAGCCAACAUCUUGACUCGGCUCAGCAAUGCAAUGGCACCAGAUAGUAAAGUGCUCAUUGCCGAAACUGUCAUGGAUAAUCCGCCGAUGGCGAUGCAGAGCAUGUUUGACUUUACCAUGAUUAACAUCGGUGGCAAGGAAAGGACUUUGAAAGGAUGGACUGAGCUGGCGGCUCGUGCUGGGUUGAAGGUGGAGAACGUUUAUGGACGCGGUCAAUUUAUUCAGAUCAUUGAAUGUGUAAAGUAUUGA